GUGUAAAGGUUGGCAGAAUUGAGCGACUAGUCGGUGCAACUCGCAGCUGUGGGCAUACUCUGGGCAGACGUCACUGGAAGAGCUCCGUGUGCUGCCGUUCCCCCGUGUUUGAUCGUAUUAGUGUGGGGCUGAGACUACUCACCAGCCUGUAUAGCGACCACUCUAUCAAACAAAUUUCGAAGAUGCGCGUCGUGGUCCUGAGCCUGGCGGUGCUCUUGGGCAGCGCCGUAGCCCAACACUCGUUUCGAUUCCCAUCAUCAACUCUGUCCCAGAUCCGCCCUAUUGCUGGCUUCCCCGACUCACGCAUUGCGUCAGGGCCCGUGAGGUCUUCAGGACUUGGUCCAAUCCGAGGGUCUUCGUCUCAAGUCGGACUCCGCCAAUCCUCAGCCUCUGGAUCCGGAGACCCAUGCCGCCCAACGCCGUGCGGCCCCAACACCAGCUGCAGCGUCAAUGCUCGGGGCAUCGCCCAGUGCAAGUGUCUGGAUAACUUCGUGCCUGACGGCAACACCAUCAACGGCUGCAAGCCUCAGUGUGUCAGCGACUUCGAGUGUCCGGACGACUACCGCUGUCGCCAGACCAAAUGUGAGCGCGUGUGUGUGCCCGGAGCGUGUGGUCUCAACGCGGACUGCGACGCCCGCAAUCACAGGGCGGUGUGCACGUGUCCUAAGGGCUACGCCGGCUCGCCUGAAGUUAGCUGCAACAAGAACUUGCCCGUGGUGCGUGCGAACCCCCCGGCGCCCCCUCCGGACCCAUGCUUCCCCAGCCCCUGCGGUGAUGGCGCUGAGUGCCGUGAGCGAGACGGACGCGCGGUGUGCACCUGCCCUUACGCAUACGAGGGCGACCCUCUCACCCGCUGCACUAGGGUCGAAUGUGUCGAAUCGAGCGAGUGCCCCACGAACCAGGCAUGCCAGCAGCAGAAGUGCAUCAACCCGUGCACCAUCCCCGACAUCUGCGGUCGCGGGUCCGAAUGCACCGUCAGGAACCACCAACCCGUGUGCUCCUGCGGACGCGGAUUCACUGGAGAUCCUUUUGUCGCCUGCAGGCGCUUCGACCCUCAGGAGCUGUGCCAACCCUCACCCUGCGGUGCCAACACCAAUUGCCGCGUCGAGAACGACCGAGCUGUGUGCUCCUGCAUCGACAACUACAUCGGGAACCCUCUUGAAGGAUGUCGGGCCGAGUGCGUGUCAGACCGCGACUGUCCCGGUGACAGAACCUGUCGCGAUAACCGCUGUGUCAAUCCUUGCGCUUACAACGCUUGUGGUGAGAACUCCUACUGUGAUGUGCGCAACAACCGAGUGACCUGCACGUGCCCGCAGUUCUUCCAAGGAGACCCACACAGCAGGUGCUUCGCCGAGUGCACGGAGCACGACGACUGCUCCAGCUCGCAAGCAUGUUUCGAGCUUAGGUGCAUCGACCCUUGCGUGGGGGCUUGCGGUACUGGCGCUGACUGUAAGGUUGAGAACCACAAACCCAUCUGCUCCUGCCCCAAGGGCUUCACUGGCCAUCCCUUCGAGUCCUGCAGGCCUUUCACUGAAGCUGAUCUCUGCAACCCGAACCCCUGUGGCACGGGAGCGGACUGCACCCCAGGGCACGACCGCUCGGGCGAGAGCCGCCCCGUGUGUACCUGCCCCAUCGGGGACAUCGGCAACCCGCUGGUGUCGUGCCAGCGAGGGGAGUGCCAGAGCCCCAACGACUGCGCUGCUGAAGAGACCUGCCAUGCUUACCAUUGCCAGUCUGCAUGCUUCACUGAGACCGGAUCCGUGUGUGGCGAACUCGCCGACUGUACUGUGCGCAACCACCAGCCCGUGUGCUCUUGCCCACCCGGUUACAGUGGUGACCCGCUUAGAGCUUGCUACACCGCAGCAACAUCCAGGUUCGCUUCCAGUGCUCGUUUCAGCGCCGGACGCACCUAAAAAGAAUGUAUUUGAACAACAGCUUCAACAUCGGCCUCGACUGUUGGUUUCGUCAACAUGAAGCGCGCAAUGGCUGUCGCCUUUUUUUCUAGAGGAGGUCCAGGACGGAAAAGGUCCCGAAAUAUUAACACUGCAAUUAAGCCUACAUGGAAAUAGGGCUGUAGUUGAUUAGCUUAUAUAAAUAUUGAAUCUAAAUUUUUUUAGUUGCGGCACGGCAAGUUGAUUCAUUGAUAUAGGCAUUUUGGCCUCAGUACACCUGUUUUAUCGUUAAAUUUAUAGCCUUUUGGGUUAUUUGUAAUCAAAAAAAUUUUUCGCUGACUAAGUUCAUAAAUUACUGUGAAAACGAAUAAUUUUUACAAUAGCAAAAUAUAUAGAAAAAUUCCACUGUCCGUGACGAAGGACAUUAUUGUUUUUUUUGUGACAUUAGUGUUCUUUCAGAGCAUGUCCAAGAAUUGUAAACUUGUACAAUGACGUAAUAAAGUCUCAGCAUAUUCCCCUACUCACUAACAAGCUUUAUCUUCGAAUGAUCUCUUCUACAAAAAAUGAAGUCCGUGUACAAAAUUCAAAAUUUACUUGGCAGCUUUGACGAACAGCUUUCCUAGUCAAAUUCAUUUCUGCCUUUGCUCUAACUAGAUGAUGACAUGCAAAACUUUCCUCUAUAACGUGUAAUUGAAUUGAUUAGCUUAAUUAUUCGGUAACUCGACUAAAGAUGUGCUUAAAUGCAGACAUGUGUAUGUUGUAGGUUUGGUUCCUAUAUCAUUCAUAUUUUUCCUUCGCAUUGCAUUGAUAGAUUGGUUUCAUUUCAAUUGAUAAAGAAUAAAAUUAUUAUGUCGAAAUACAGAUAAUAUACAAUGAAUACUGACUAAUGCCUUGCUUAAAAGAAGGCUCUUCUUCGAAAUUUUUUUCGAGACCGGGUUUUCAGUGAUAUUCUGGCCCUCAGGUCGGCAUUUUCCUUUGUAUUGAAGAUGAUCAUUUAAACAAUGUCGUUUUUCUUCAUCGGAUGGAAUCAUCAUCAAAGAAGUUUCGAACAGAGCCUUCUACUUGAUUCCUUUAGCAAAACAUCAGAUGUAAUAAAAGAAUCUUGCUGAUGUUACUAAUAAUAUUACUUAAUAAAAAAUAGAAAAUGUCA